GAUUAAACGUCUCGAUUUUGGGAACUGCAGUUGGUCCCCCAGUCUGCGAAUGUCGGGCGAGACCGGCCAACUGAGAGAUUUCAUCGAAGAUCUUGGGCCUGGACAAGUGGUCGGGAGGCAGGCACUCGGUGCUCGCUGCCUUGGCGAGAUUCAGCUCUCGCUCUCUCAGAAGAAAGGCUUCCUCGAAGUGGAGGUCAUACGUGCCAAAGACCUUAAACCGAAACAGGGCACUAAAGCCAUUCCAGCUUCCUACGUGAAAGUUUAUUUGGUGAACGGGAAGAAAUGCAUCGCGAAAGCGAAAACGACAGCAGCCAGGAAAACGUUGGAUCCAUUCUACCAACAGUCGUUAGCCUUCAGGGAAAAUUGCCGGGGUUGUAUACUGCAGGUGACAGUAUGGGGUGAUUACGGCCGAUUAGAAGGGAAAAAAGUGUUCAUGGGCAUUGCGCAGAUCGUGUUGGACGAACUGAACCUCAAUGAGAUGGUGUUCGGGUGGUAUAAGCUGUUUGGCAACAUAUCCCUGGUCAGUGGACCUCCAUCCUUAGCUUUGUCCCGUCGAUCCUCGGCCACGUCCUUAGAGUCCUUUAAGAUUUAAACAGCUCUUCCAUCUGGUAUUCUCUUUUAAGUGUAAUCCGACGCUAGUUUUCGAACUUCUUUUCGAGCACAAUUCCCACGAUGGAAAGAGUUGAAAAAAAAAAAAAAAAAAAAG